AUUAUUAUAUUAUAUCUGCAAAACAUUGCGAGCCAGGAAGUGUACGGACUGGUCAAAGGCCAACCAAACCAACCAUCGUGAAUUUGCGAUUCAAGGUUCACAAAGAACACAAGAAAGAACAAACAGACAAUAAACCCAGAUGAGCAGCUGCUCUUCCAUGGCUUCCCUUCUCAUCACACCCCCCACUGCUACUCUGCAACUCAAGGAAGAUCGCAUGAGGGUCGGCACUGUAAUAACGAACCCAUCAUCCAAAAUUGACCAAACUGGUCUGAGAAAUUCUAGACGUCAUGGGCGGUGUUUUGUGACAAAAUCCAAGAUGACCGUUGAAGGAGAUGUGCUUGAGAAACAAUCAGUCAGUGUUCAGGACAAAAAUGAUUUUGGAGUUGUUAGUGUCCACCAUGUUGGAUUGCUGUGUGAAAACCUGGAAAGGUCGCUCAGCUUUUAUCAGAAUCUUCUUGGUCUUGAGAUAAAUGAGGCUAGGCCUCAUGACAAGCUUCCCUAUAGAGGUGCUUGGUUGUGGGUUGGUUCUGAGAUGAUUCAUCUUAUGGAGCUUCCCAAUCCUGAUCCUUUAACUGGAAGACCUGAGCAUGGAGGCCGCGAUCGUCAUACUUGUAUUGCAAUCCGAGAUGUGGCUAAGCUGAAAGCAAUCCUUGACAAAGCUGGCAAGUGUUAA